GAAGCGUUUGAGGACUGUCCCAACUCCUUGGCAAUGACAUGAUAGUACAUUUGCAAGGUCGGAAUCUCGAGGCGAUGACGUAGAUUCGGAAUCCGGAUGCCGGAACGGAGCCAAAGCAACACGUAUGAAGGAAUUACACGAGCACAGAGCUGCGAGUUGUCCGUUGGACUGAAGACGGACAGGUGAGGUGAGAGUAGCCCUGCAGCGGCCGGAGCCAUAUGUUCCUCAUGGAAAAACAAGGAGUGAGAGCCGGGACCUGAGUCACGCCCGCUCCCAAUACACGGGACACGACGAACAACAAAUCACGACGAGUUCACGCUGACGAUAAGGUUGUGCAGUCGUCGUGACUGGUGCGCACCGGCUGGAGCCCGCGGGUACAACGCUGCCGAGCACGGGUCUGGAAUGGUCGGAACUCCGGGACUGAGUUUUCAUGAGGGAGGAGUGGACUCCACAAUCUGGAUCAGUCUCGUGUCGUGUCGUCCUCACGGACCGAGGACAAACGCAGUUCUGUAGGUCUGGUAUGGACGGGUCCCGUCCCGUCCUGGCCUUGUUUCUGUCUGUCGAUAGAAAACCGAAGGUAUGUGCUUCGACCCAGAGUACUACUGUACUGUAGGUCUGGUAAGGAACGAGUUCCGAGAGACGGCCGAAAGGGAAAGGCAAAGGGGAAGAGCGAGCGCUCGUUGUCGUGUCUUCCAGGCAGAGGAGCAGGAGCAGGAGCAGCAGGAAGAGGAGGAGGAGGGAGCGAGGGACGACGAAGGGAGCAGCAGCCGCAGCAGGUGGAGGAUGGAGGAAUGAACAGCGAGGAAGUGAGAUUGGGAGGGAGGGAAGAAUGCCGCAGGGGGCGAUGAAGAGGAAUUGGAGGGCAAGAGGAGGUGGUGGAUUAGCACAAGGUUUAGGUUGGAAAUGUACAGAGGAAGGCCGUAGGAGUGCGGGCAACUGUUGUUGAGGUCGGAUAUGGAGGGGUUGGAUCGAUCAUGCCACGUAUCAUGGCACAAGAGCAGAGUUCUGGUGUGCGGCGGCGUAGCUUGGAGAGCGCCAUGAAGGAACCACAGGCGCGCACCAAAGUGGUGCUGCGCCACUUGCCUCCCUCGAUUUCCCAACAAGUUUUAUUGGAGCAAAUACACUCCAAGUAUGCCGAACGUUAUACUUGGUUCAACUUUCAUCCGGGGAAAUCCAGUCACAAGAGGCAGGUCUUUUCUCAGGCAUACAUCAAUUUUAAGAAGUCAGAAGAUGUCUUUGACUUCUACGAGGAUUUUGAUGGCCACAUAUUUGUAAAUGAAAGAGGAACGCAGUGUAAAGCGAGCGUUGAGUAUGCACCGUACCAACGCAUACCGAAGCCUCGAUCCAAAAAAGAUAUACGAGAAGGAACUAUCCUGAAAGAUCCGGAUUAUCUUGAGUUUUUGGAGAUGUUGGGAAAACCGACGGAAUUUCUUCCAAGUGCGGAGGUACAACUUGAAAGGAGGGAAGCAGAGAAGGCAGCAGCAAUAGCUGCGGGUGGUGCCAAAGAAACAGUUGUUGUGACUCCCUUGAUGGAAUUCGUGCGGCAGAGGAGAGCUGCAAAGGCCACACCACAGAGAUCGUUGUCAUCAAAGGUCGGUUCUCGGUCUGGAGGAGUCGCCAUUACUUCUUUGAAUCUAGCCUCACACAAGCGAGGUUUGGAAAGAUCCCGCUCGGGCCCUCUCAUGUAUGUAGCGGACAAUUCUAUGUCGAUCCUCACUCAAAAAGAAGCCAAAGACGCUCCAGCUCAAAUACUCGGCUCACGUCGUGAAGAUCAGCAGCGUAAGGAUAGGGAGGUGCUGAACGACAGGAAGAAGAAAGAGCUUGCUGAGGGUAAAGAGAAGAAGGCAAUCAGAGAUGCUGUAAACCCAUCUAUAUUUUUGGCCAAGAGCAGUGCAUCGAUUUUGCGCAUGGACAGUGGGAAAGAUCGUAGCGCGGGUGUUUCAGUGAAGGAUUCUGUGGAUACUAAUGGAGACGGAGCGAAGGACUUGAACAAGCGCGAGGUUUUACGGAGGAAGCAGCUACUGUUGUCGAAGGACAAGGUUCAGAAGGAUAAUGAGACUGGUCCUGGAAGUCCGAGCCUAUCUUCUGCUACUGGUGGCAGCUCAUACAGCCAACGACAUCGGCCUCCUGUUUCGCCAAGAGUUAAUUCUCCGGGUACUCCUUCGCAGCAGGGUCCAUCUUCCUUUUAUAACUCUAUGUCGGGAGAAAGUAAUACUCCCACUGGUCUUUCUAAAUCCGGGCAUCGCCGAGAUCUUGGAAGGAAUUCGACCCGAGGUGGGUUGUCACCUAGAGAGCAUACGUCAUCUGUUCAGCAAUCAGCGUCCUCUCAGCUUCCGUCGGAUCCUCAGACGCAAUCUCAACAAGUUUCUAACCAGACAGAGAGAGUAGGAAAACGUCCACCACGUCCCCAGAGUGCGCGGGCAACUGGCAAAGAACAAGUAUUUUCGUCUGCCUUUCCCUCAGAAUCCGAUGCAGGUCCGUCGACAACGGAAGAGAAGAUUAGUAAUGCUUCGCCGAAAGAGGCUUACUCUGCAGGUACAGGAAUCGAUAAGCAAGACUCAAGGAGAGUUCGGAACAAAGACAGACCUGACAGGCCAGUCUGGACCCCUCGUCGACGCUCUGACACAGCUCAAUCCUCCGAUCCGUCGUCUUCUUGGGUCCCUUCAGAUGCAUCUGCUUCAGAUAAUGUUGCCCCAGAUACACCAGCAACCGCUGGUUCCUCAAUUGGAGUUGACACAGUGUUCAAGCCCGACAAGGCAGAGAGGGUUCCUCAUCGACAGGCUGGUAAGGGUGCUACGUCGGCAGAAUCAGGGAGUGGGGAAGGUAAGACUUCAGUGGCGUAUCAAGGUUCUGGAUCAGUGGAGGGGGGAAGAGUUCAAACCGGCUUUGGAUCCGCAUACAAUACAGGUUCUGGAAAGGUUAGGUAUGUCGAAUCCAGUACUGCUCGUUCUUCACGGGGUGGUCGACCUGGUGGGAUUGUACUUUCCAUCCAGGAACGUACAUCUCCACAGGUCGAGCAGAAAGUUGACGCAUCACCUACUGCUGGUGAUUCGAAAACUCCAACUGCCCAGCACCACGAGAGAGAAAAUGGAGAGAUUACUCCGUCUUCGGCAAUUGACAAGGAGAGACGAAAGCUGGACAGUUCACCUUCUUGGAAUGAGCCUUCAGGCGGAGGUCACAGAUCUGUGGGUCGAAGGGAAAGGGCAUUGCAGCAGGGUUCGAAAGAUGUUGAUGGUGCUGCAGCUGGGCCUGAGUCGAGCAAGCCUAUAAAGCGCAGCGGAAGCCUUUCAUUAGGAAGCAACGAGAAACAAGUAUGGGUUGCUGUCCAAAAGUCAGGAUCUGGAACGUGAAAUUAAGGAGGUCUGGGACUUUGCAACUGAAGUGUUUGAUGCACCUCUGGCAUGGUGGGAGAAGAGGUCUCCCGUUCUGAGCUUGUCUUGUCGAUGCAAAUCAACCUCUGUAUUGGAUCUGCAAAGCUUCAAUAGCGUAACGGGCAAUGGACCUGGCAAGCGGUGGUUCACACAGGAGAACUCGGGAGGAACCCAACGACCAAAGAGGCAGAGAAUGAUCGAGUACCAUGAAGUAAGUUGGUGCGUAGUAAAUCACACUGCGGAUUCCACGGCAAUGAACGUGUUGGCAUCACUUAUGAAGUUAUAAGGAUGUUCGGAGUAUUUAUGCGCGUCAAUCAAGCCGUCAGGUUUGGUCAGGAGUUUGGUGAUGCGCAGAAUGUAUGGUCUUGUUUCUCAGAUGGUUGUUGCAUUCAAAGAUCCGAAUCUUGACUGUACCUCAAGAGAUAAGUCGCAAGCGUAGACACAGUUCCUGCUCACUGUUCUGGAAAAGAAAGGAAAGGAUAUUGGGUGUUCCGUGGGUGUGUCAGUGACAGAAAUGUGCAGAUGUGAUGUCCAGCUUCAAGUACCUGGGCAAGUAUUCUUUCUCUUGUUGUGCUACAAAAUGAGAUAGAGGUAUGAAUCAUUUACUUCUCGAAUGGAAGGCAGUGUAAGCCUCACAGAGAGACGAGUUGUCACUCUGGAUUUACACUCGCGACGUGAAAUGAUCGCCUCUCAAAUGCAGUACCCGCAGAUUGAGUCUUUGCAUCGGGAACAUGCUUAGCUUGUAGAAUUUUGGGACACCUAUGUUUGUAGUCUGCAUACACUCAUUUUGUGUAGCCAUUUGUUUCGCAUGAGAGGUCUUUGGGUAUUUGGGUAUUAGAAGACAUGUCCUGAAAUGUUAAUCGAUGAAGGAAACAUGGACUACCCAAACAGUUUCAAGAAUUUGUGAACGUUUUUUCUCUCUGUGUUGGGGUGGACGGAUGAAAUUGCCUUCGCACUUCAGCUCAGUGUCACUUGUCACCGUGCAAGAUGUUAUAUUUGCCUUGCCUUGACUUGUAACACAAGGGCCAAAUCAAUUGUUCUUGGAGUCCAAGGCAUACUCUGACCUAGGUGGGAACACAAUUCUCCCAUGGCCUUGUUUAUUUAAGGUGUUAGUGACUCGAUUACCCUUUGUAUGGGUGCUACAUAGUAAUAAAGAUGCACUAACUCCUAUAUAGUUGGAGAACGUAAGGUUAGGUGUCUCGCUAUCACUGCAAGUGAAUGUGUACUGUAUGUUGUGAGUUAGCAUCACGGUCCUUUGUGACUAUCAAUACAAUAGUUUACAUGUGGAGCCUGCUUUC